AUGAUCUCCUACAGAGAUCUUCCAGAACAAAACUUAACCACAGCUCCUAGAGUCACUGUCUCCCAAAGUUCAACAUUUAGAAAAGCAUCAUUUGCUGUUGACGGAAAUUACGCACAGUAUUAUCCAGAGUGUUCACAUACCGAUAAAGAUGAGGCUUUGGCUUGGUUUCAGCUGGAUCUCCAAACGACUUACAGUCUUAAAUCUAUCAAACUUUACCUGAGAAAUGAAAAAGGCUGGCCGCCUUAUCGGCUUCGUCAGUUUUACAUAGAUGUAUCAAAUUCAUCGGCAGACACCCAAACACAUAGGGUUCGAUGUUAUAAAGAUAACACUACAGCCCCAGCCACGCCCUCUCCUGUCAUUGACAUCCCAUGUAAACAGACGGCGAGAUACGUCAUCAUCGAGACAACAUACAAAGCACCAGAAGAUGUAGAUGCCAAAGGACCUGUCUUGGAAAUAUGUGAAAUUGAAGUGAUUGGUUGCGAGGUUGGUCAUUUUGGGGAAAAUUGCUCGCCGUGUGAAGGUUGCUCUACGUGUGAUAUAGUCAGUGGUGCCUGCUCUUGUAGUAUAAAUUGUUUGAAUGCCACGUGUGAGCUUGCAACCGGUCAUUGUGGUGAAUGUAAAAUUGGAUUUUGGAAUAAAACAUGCAAUGCAAUGUGUAAUGAUCGGUGUUUAGGAGACACGUGUUUCCAAGAGAAUGGAACUUGUUCUCAAGGUUGUGAAGACUAUCAUUUUGGAAACAAAUGUGAAAACACUUGCAGUUCUAAAUGUUUCCCUCCGGAAUGUGAUCGAUUCACUGGUAAAUGUAGUGGAUGUGAAAAAGGACUUUUUGGUACCUACUGUAAGAAUCAAUGCAGCCCAUUUUGUAAAUUAGAAACAUGCAAUUCAACAGAUGGUACAUGCGAUGAAGGGUGUAAAUCAAACUGGACAGGUGGUCUUUGCGACAGAUGUGAUUCAUUACAUUUCGGAACAAAUUGUUCUUCUCGAUGCAGUAUUUCUUGCAGAGGCAAUGCUUGUAACAAUAUCACUGGCUACUGUAGUGAAGGAUGUAAAAAUGGUUAUUACAAAGACAUUUGUAAUGAAACCUGUACCCCUUACUGCAAAAACGGAUGUAACAGAAAUUCUGGAAAAUGUGACAAUGGCUGCAUCGACAGCCAUUUUGGAACUGAUUGUCGAAAUGUCUGUAGUUCUGGCUGUGUUUCAAACUGUAAUCAAACAGACGGGAGUUGUAGUUGUAAAACCGGGUGGAAAGGAAAACGUUGUCAAGAGUGUGAUGCAAAAUUCUUCGGUGAAAACUGUCAGCAUAGAUGUAGCCAAUAUUGUUACAAUGGGACGUGUUAUUCUAAAAAUGGGACGUGUUUGCAUGGAUGCUCUGGAGAAUUUUCCGACGACCAAUGCACCAAUCCUCUCAUUAAAAACAGCCCACUGGAUACCCCGUUUGCUGCAAUUGGUGCUGGACUAGGCUCUUUUUUAAUACUAUUCGUAAUAGCAGUAAUUGCUGUCCUGCUUUUCAGAUCAAGACGAGGAAAACAUCCAAAUAAUUCUGCUCCUACGACGGCUACCGAUGGUUUUGAAAAUCGAUCGCCAGCUCAAGGCAAAGUCGUUACCAAUAUUAUGCCUAUGCCAACUUCUAUCGAGGAUCCGGAAGAAGAACCGUACGAAGAGGAUCCGGAAGAAGCUGUCUACUAUAAGAACCUAACAGUAGCUAAAGAUAUUCCGGUCAAAAAUUUACACGAUGUCAUAAAGCAACGAGAAGCUAAUAAAAAUGCAGGAUUUAUUAAAGAAUUCAAGUCACUUCCUUAUGGUGAAAGGUUUGACUGUACGACUGCAAAACAGGAGGCAAACAUGCCUAAAAACAGAUUUAAGACAACUUUUCCAUGCAAGUACUUUACACUUUAUUAUAUGUACAAUAUUGUUUUCUUAGAUGUAUAUUUCCAAUAUCAAAACUCGGUUUUUAUAACUAAUAUUGUUGAAUUAAAUUUUAUUUUUUCAGAUGAUCAUUCAAGGGUUGUUUUAGAAAUAAGUGACGGAUUUAAUUCAGAUUAUAUAAAUGCAAAUUUCAUUGAGAAUAUGGAUGGAAAACGAGAGUAUAUUGCAUGUCAAGGUCCCCGAAGUAACACUAUUGUUGAUCAGUGGAGAAUGGUCUGGCAGGAACACGUUGAAUGCAUCGUUAUGUUGACCAAUCUUAUUGAGGGACCAAAGGUGAAAUGUAAUCAAUAUUGGUCGAAUGAGAGCGAAGAACUAAGACUGGGUCCAUUCUCUGUGAAAUUGAUUGAAGAAAAAGUAUAUGCAUACUAUGUUGUUAGGAAAAUGACACUUUCGAAAAAGAAGGUUUCUGAGUCACGGACGGUUUUACAAUUCCAUUUCACCAGAUGGCCAGACCACGGGACGCCUAACCCUCUGAACCUGAUCAUGUUUCUCAGACACUUCCGGCAUAAAAUAAGACCCACCAAUCAUCCAAUUAUUGUUCAUUGCAGUGCUGGAAUCGGACGAACCGGGACAUUCAUAGCUCUGGACGUUCUGUCGAGGUACGGAGAGGAACAUGACAAAAUCAACGUCAUCGAGUUCGUUAAGGCCAUGCGUAAAGACAGGAUGACGAUGAUUCAGAACGCUGAUCAGUACGUCUUCCUUUAUCACGCUCUGUAUGAGUACUUCAGAAGAAAGGAAAAUUUUAUAAGCAAGACAGAGUUUAUGGAGUUAUAUGGAGAAAUCGAGAAACCGGAAACACGAAAACGACUUAGAAAUGAAUUCAAUGCUGUAACCAGUUUGAAGCCACACUACACCACCGACGAUUACAGAACAGGACGACAGCACAUGAAGCUCAGUUUUACUAAUUCUGUUUUACCAGUUGAAAGAUAUCUUGUGUAUCUAACAUCAACUGUGAAGGGACGAGAGCAAUAUUACAAUGCAGUAAAUGUCUCGUCGUUUACCAGAGCUGAAGAGUUCAUUUCUGCGCAAUUUCCGGUAUCAGGAGCCGCCAUUGAUCUCGCCCGUUUGCUGAUUGAUCAGGAGUCUCCAUUCCUGAUCUCACUGAACCCUUUAUCAGAAAGUAACGAGAUAAAAGAUUGGGUUGAGAACACUGCCAAGAAGAUUGAUUUGGCUCCAUAUGAAAUCUCAAAGAGUACACAUCAAAGGAUUACACACAACAUUCGAAAAACAGACAUUAAAAUCAAAAUGAAACACGAUGAAUGUCAUGAAGUACAUGUAAUUGAAUGUCUUGAUUGGAGUUUGUCUGAGCUUCUACCAGCACAAGCCUCGUCAAUAACAAAUUUGAUAAAACAGUUUCGCUCGGAUAGAAAGUCAAAUCCAGAUGGCCCUGUGACCCUCAUUUCAAAGGACGGAGCAACGUGCUGUGGCGUAUUUAUUGCUGUGUAUAACGCCAUAGAACAGCUACGGCAGGACGAUGAGGUAGACUUAUUUACCACAGUACAACAACUGCAAUGUCGCCGACCGGAAAUGAUAUCUACCAAGGACGAAUAUGAGUUUUGCUUUAAGGCUGUGUGUGAAUAUCUGACUUCGGACAGCAUAUAUGCCAACACUUAAAGAAUGAAUAUUUCUAUGGAUUGAAUCUUCAUGGAUUCAUGAAUAAAGCUACGUUAGCAUUUUUACUUUUGAAAUGUCUUUCUUACAGAAUGUAAAGGACUUAACUGACAUUUAUUUCUUAAUAUGUAGACACGGGCUCAUGUUGUAAAUUUGAAAAACUAUUGAGCAUAUUUCUUUAAUUCAUUUAUGCAGUCGAUUUCCGGAGUAAGAUUCAAUGUUUUUCGUACGAACGAUCUGUGUUUUUUUUAUUUUACUUUCAAUCAGAAAAUAAUCAAUGUAAUGAAAGAAUGGAGGCGUACAAGGCGAGGACACCCCCCUCCACCACCCGCUCUGAGAAAAGUCAUUUUUCAAUUCUACAAGUUAUAUUUUUCAAAUUAUAUUGUUUAUAUAAUCUUUUACACUUUUAAUUCUGUUUUUCAUUGUUUUAAUAUUUUAUUAUUUAGUUUUCACUCAUGCUUUUAAGAUAUGGGAAAACAAAAAAGAAAAGGCUUCA